AUGAAAGGCGAUAAGGCUAUGCUACCUAUGGGAUGGGAUGCAUUUGGACUCCCCGCUGAGAAUGCUGCGAUCGAACGAGGUGUUGCCCCAGAAAAAUGGACAACAAGCAAUAUGGCCAAGAUGAAGGAGCAGCUUGAGCUCAUGAACGGAAGCUGGGACUGGAAUCGUGAAUUAUCAACUUGCGAUCCCGACUUCUACAAGCAUACUCAGAAGAUCUUCCUGAUGCUCCACGAACGAGGCCUUGCGUACCAGGCUGAAGCUGAAGUCAACUGGGACCCUGUUGACAAGACUGUCCUCGCAAACGAGCAGGUCGACUCGAAUGGCAACUCCUGGAGAUCAGGUGUCAAGGUCGAGAAGCGCAAUCUCAAGCAGUGGUUCUUCCGCAUUUCUGAGUUCCGUGAAGCCCUGCUGGAGGAACUGGAGGCGCUUUCGAAGGAAAACGCGUGGCCAGAGCGAGUUUUGGCACAGCAGAAGAAUUGGUUGGGGAAAUCAACUGGCGCUGUCGUCAAAUUUCCUGUCCUUGCUAUGGGCCAUGAUAUUCAUGCUAGUAUUGAAGUAUUCACCACUCGACCUGACACCCUGUUUGGCGUUCAGUACGUUGCUCUUGCGGCCAGUCAUCCUAUAGUGGCUAAGCUUGCGGCUUCGGAUCCUGAGCUACAAGCGUUCAUCGAUACCAUCCCCGGUUUACCUGCAGACUCAAAGGUGGGUUACUUGUUGCCACACUUGCGGGCUAUUAACCCGCUCGCCUACCAUGAAGAGACCCCCGAUGCCACCAAGGUCUCGCUUCCCGUUUACGUUGCGCCAUAUGUGUUGGGCGACUAUGGCGAAGGCGCCGUCAUGGGUGUUCCCGGCCACGAUCUACGUGAUAAUGCAUUCUGGAAGGAGCACCACUAUGAUGCGCCUGUUCGACACGUUCUCUCCGCAUCUGAGGAUGAAACAACAACAGCUAUGGAGAACGAGCCCUUCGUUGAACACGGAGUCAUGACGGAACAUAGUGGUUCCUUCAAGGGCAAGUCUUCAACUGCUGCCGGAGAGGAGAUCGUCAAGCUGCUUGAGAAAUCUGACCUGGCCAAACCUGUCGAAAAGUGGCGUCUUAGAGACUGGCUUAUCAGCCGGCAACGAUACUGGGGUACCCCUAUUCCCAUCAUUCACUGUGGUACAUGCGGCCCGGUGCCUGUGCCAGACGAACAGCUUCCCGUAAAACUUCCUGACGUGGACUGGGCAGAAACACGCAACGGAAGCCCCCUGGAGUCAUCGCCCGAGUUUGUCAACACGACUUGUCCUAAAUGCAACAGCGCUGCUAAAAGAGAUACUGAUACCAUGGAUACAUUUGUCGACUCAAGCUGGUACUACGCUCGCUUUGCUGAUCCGCACAAUAAAGACUUGCCAUUUUCCCCUGAAGCUGGCAAGACUCUUCCCGUAGAUACCUACAUCGGUGGUAUCGAACACGCCAUUCUUCAUUUGCUCUACGCACGCUUCAUAUUCAAGUUCCUGGCCUCAACCUCUUUACUCCCCCAAUACACCGAGGAAACUUAUAAAUCUGCCGAACCAUUUAAACGCCUUAUCACUCAGGGCAUGGUUCACGGUAAGACAUAUAUCGACCCCGACAACGGUCGUUUCCUCAAGCCUGACGAGGUUGACCUAUCGAAUCCCAACCAACCUAAAGUGGUAUCGUCUGGGAAGUCAGCCAACGUCGCGUUUGAGAAGAUGUCCAAGUCCAAGCACAACGGAGUUGAUCCCUCAGCUUUCAUCUCCAAGUACGGUGCCGACGCAACCCGCGCGCAUAUGCUCUUCCAGGCCCCGGUUGGGGAUAUCCUCAACUGGGACGAGGCUAAAAUCACCGGUGUUACCCGUUGGCUCCAAAGGCUACAUGAUCAGAUCACAGCUAUUGCUUCAGAGCCCAGUGAGGAGAAGAUGUCUGCACGGGACUACCUUGCUGCUAAGCAUGAACGCCUUGAGUCAGGAUCUACAAAGGAACUUGCACAAUGGGAUGCAGAGACAGCCAUAUGGCGCGAUGUCCAACGUACCAUCGCAUCUGUCACAGCAUCUUACGAUGAAGUCUACUCCCUCAACACAGUAGUGUCGGAUCUUAUGAUUCUCACCAACACCCUCGCCGACAACCACGCCGCCAGCCUGGUUGUUAAGCGUGAGGCUGCUCAGGCUCUCAUUUCCAUGAUGGCACCUAUCACCCCUGCAUUUGCCGAGGAGUGUUGGGCUCUCCUUCAUCCAUCGUCACACUCCAUAUUCGAGUCCGCCAGUUUUCCCACGGUAGACAGUUCUCUUGGUGAGAUCGUUCGUCCACGAGUGCAGCCCUGCGCUGUGCAGGUUAAUGGAAAGGUACGCGGGGUUGUUAACAUUCCGCCUCCUCCUGCUGGGCUGGUUGGAGAUGAAUUGCGUGACUGGAUGGUUAAGGAAAUUCUCAAGACUGAGGAGGGUGCGUCACGCUUCUCUGAGGGGCCGUAUGAUCUGCGCGCAGCGAAGAGGGCGAUUCCUGUACGAGGAGGAAAGACGAUUAACUUUGUAUUAAAAUAG